AUGUCCGACGACAUCUCAGCAGAGCACACCCCUGGGUUCAAGGUCGGAGAAAAGAAAACUCUUGAUGAGUACCACAAGCUCGACCAAGAAGAUGAAGCAAUGAACCGAUGGAAGGCCUCUCUUGGCCUAGCUACCGGCGAGUCUAUCUCUGAUCCCAACGAUCCACGGUUAUGCAUCAUCAAGUCGCUUGCUCUGGAGGUUACCGGGCGGCCCGACAUUACCAUAGAUCUUUCUCAACCCGGAGCUCUUGAAAGUCUGAAGAAGAAGCCAUUCACCAUCAAAGAAGGAUGCGAGUACCAGAUGAAGGCCACUUUUGUUGUCCAACAUCAGGUUCUUUCCGGCCUCAAGUACAUUCAACUCACUAAACGCAAGGGCAUUCGAGUAAGCAAGGACCAAGAAAUGAUCGGCAGCUAUCCUCCAAACACCACUGGCAAGCCAACAUACGAAAAGAAAUUUGCCAAGGAAGAAGCUCCAUCUGGUAUGCUUGCACGUGGGCAUUACGACGCUCUAUCUCGCUUCGUUGAUGACGAUGAUGUGACGCAUCUUGAGUUCGAAUGGUCGUUCGAGAUUGCGAAGGACUGGAAGUGA